AAUGGCCGCGGAAGGAGGUUACUCUUGAGUCUUCGCUUUAUUCUAGCCCGAUUUCCAGGGAUUUCAAUUGAGACUAACUGAAGGUAAGAGGAACGAAAGUUUCUAAUGUAAAACCUUUUAAAAAACUACAGCUUGAUAAUGGAGCUCCAGAAGUACACGAUCAGUAGUACUUCAGCCUUGUAGAAGUACAGUUGGAGAGGCCUUUUUAAGCGUCGGUGCCAGCACUAGGAUAAGUUUUACGCGACUUAAAUCGUAGAAAAUUUAUUGCUGAAUAGAAGAAGAGGAAAUGAAGGUUCAGUUUGAGCUAUGUAUUAUCUCAGCGUGCGAUUAAAUUCACGUUCACGAGUAACACCUUAAUAAAGAAUUUUUUGCCUAAAAGCUCGGCCUCAAGGCUCUCAUUUGCAUUAUCCCGUGGACAUUUGUAUCUCAUAAUGAACUUGUACCGCAUGCACCGAAGAAAAGCAAUGGAAAACAAGGUUUCUAUAAUACAUAAAAUGAAAGGCUAGAAAAAAAGAUUAUGGGGCACGUUCACGUCAAGGUCAGGCGCAUAAAAGUUAUCCGUGAUAUGUUUGCAUUAAAGAUUGUUUUUACCUACAGUAGUGACAGCCAAUUACAAUACGAUCUGCCUCAGUAACUACAACCACGUGAUAUGACUGACUAAGUCAAUCUAAAUGCAAAUGUCCAUUGAUCUGAGUGAAGAUGCAGGCGGAAAGAGAUUUAUUUUAACCCGAACUUUCAAAGUUUCGACCAGCUGAGGAGCAGAGAUUUGGGUAAGGCGAGAGAAUACUUUUAUGUAAAACUUUAAGAAAAUGCUUAAUUAUGGUGGUCCAUAAGUACAUAAAAAACUGGUAGUUUCAAUGAAAUUUUGUAUGUAUAAUUCAUCGCUGGCGAAUGGAAAACACAAGUGAGGGGUUAAGCUAACUCGAUACGUUGUCUCUAGCAUUGUAUCUAAUACUUCAAACAUCUUUCUUCGAAGGUCGACCUCGAGGUUCGCACAUUUUUCUUCGAUUCUCAUGAAGCAAAGUUAGUGCUAUUUCUCUUGCAUUAUCCGGGAAAAAUUCCAUCUUAUAAUGAAUUUGUACGACACUUCUUGAACUAUUAAUUUUAAAAUUAUUUUCACGAGUGUGUCCGCUUUCGGACUUUACGGUUGAUAUUCGACAUUUUCUGUAGACCCAUUAAACAAGUUUCGUUUUACAAAUCACUACGCGAAAGAUACGCUAAUUGGUUCAUCAUUCGAUGGGUCAUUCUGAGGUAAAAUGAUUAAGUUGUAAUUAGGAAACUAAUAAGCUGAACUGAGUAUAAAGUAGCUUUAGCGUCCUUUCAGUAAUUUGCCGAGCUGAAAAUUCGCAUUCUCCCUGGCACUUAGGGAGACAAAUAUUCUGACCGAGUUCUCAGAAGUAGGCUUAAUAUAUAAUUUGUAAUAAACUAUAAAACUCAAGCUCCCAAGAUAAUCCGCGCGAUAGCUUUACUCCCUCCCCCCCGGGCUUUACUGUAGUAUGAAAACAAACUUAAGUGAAGCUUCGUACAACAUGUGCUGAUCUCCGACACACGCUUUGCCUCAGAUGAUAUCUUUUUACUCGAAAAGGUUUUUUUGCAUCGGUUUUUAUGAAUUCAGUGAAAUUUUUAACGAAAGUAUCUAGUAUCUGCAGCAGGCAGAUAUUUAAGAAUAUCGCUAACAUAUCGAAGUAAAAAGGAAGAUGCAUGGUGUGACUUACAUGACCACGAACAGUUUCAAUGAUACGUCACUGAGUUGUGAACUGAAGAGCCAAUACGCUAAAAGAUGAACUAACACGUGACUGAACUGUACACGGUUCGUGACAUCUUUAAUUUGCUUCGGGAGUAAAACGCUAUCAGCCUGAUGUACUAAGGAAAAGAGAUCUAGAGCACGUUUGCCUUCUAAUAGUUUUGAAACUUUAUGGGUUGAUGGUGGUGAUUUAUUCAAGGGGACUUGUUGUGAGUACAGGAAGUGGCAAGUGACUUUGGAUUAAAAAAGUUGAGUAUUGCGUUGUGUCUGUGACUGGCUUUGCGUAUCACGCGAUAUGUCAGAUUUCAAUAUUGGAUAAUGACUGCUAUGCAAAGCUUUACUUAUCAUGGAUUCAAUAUUCGAGAUUUUUAGAUUUUAUUGAAUAGCAUGAGCCAUUCAGAGAAGUGGUGACAGACAAAUCAAGCCAUAGAAAAUCUUUGGUUUUUACUUCCGCCUAAGGGCGAAAGGUAAUUUCUCUUUUUCUUAGAAAUGUAAGGAAGGUUUACAGCUUUUGAAUACAUGCUUAACAAUUAGGUGCUAACCCUGUGAAGCUCUGAAUGGGUGUCCUUUUUCGCUUCACACUUCUUGAUCACUAAGUGAAGGCUAAAUUGCUAUUUAUUUCUCUGUAACAAACUAGAAGAAGCAGCAGUUAAGCGUUCGACUAUUCCACAUACGUAGAUCAUAGUUGUGUAUAGCAUCCACCGCUGGUUUUAUUGCAGUUCAAGACUCAGAAAAGGGAACUCUUAACAUUCGAGCUUACAACUCUCGUCCAACGGUGACUCCUUGUUUUAUAGAAUAGCAACUUCGUAAAGAGACUCGACUGCUUUCAAUCUUGGACAUAUCUCAGAGACUUGUGCCUAUAUAUAGCAAAAGAAAAUCAAUGUGCAUUUUAUUCAAGCGAAGAAAUUCUGGACUGAGUACCUUAUUUCAGGCAUGAGAUGCGGGACUGAAUAAAUUAUGAAGGGGACACGGGAUAUGGUGAUCUUACUAUGCGGGAAUUGGGAACUAUCUUUUUAGAGAACCGAGAUCCGAUCAGAAAAAUAUGCCGCAACUCAGAGCCAAUAUCUCUAGUAUUUGGCUGUAGAGUCGACCUGCUGCAUCAGCUUACUCUUUCCCCGGAGCGAGAGAGGGGAAAUGUAGAACAGGACCCUGGGAACGAGGUUGCUGCUGCAUGAGCUUUAGUUGGCGAAUACACCCUCUUUUCAUCCCACAGUUCGCAAACGGUCAUAUCAUUAUUAAUCUAUCCUUCUUCUUUCUUCUGUUUUAUAAUACAUUUUCAAUUCUCUGUAUUUAAAGAUAAUUUAUGUUGGCACGUACGCAUUCAAAUGGUAUAUUGAACGAGCUUUUUAGCUCACUAGACGUUACGUGGAUCAUUAAUACACGAUAGAUUGAUUGAAUGAUUGUUAGUUGUCAAUAAUCAAUUUACUUUUGAUAUAAUCUUUAUUUUUGACAAACAGAUUGAUCCCGCGAUGUCAGGAGAACCUCCUGAGCACAAUCGGGACCAACAGACCAGUAGUGCUUCGAAUUCAGUUAGGCGCUAUGUGCCGAUUGCCCCAACAGGUGAUGUAGUAUGCUAGCAUUUCUUUCUAUUCUGAGAUCUAUUAAUUGGUCAUCCUUGUUUGGAACAAUUAAUACGAACUGCCGACUUUCCAUGACCAACGUACACUGCAAAAUCCUCAGCGAAUCUUCAAACACGGGUUUUUGCCGAGGGCUUUGAAGGACAGACAAUAAACCAGAUAAAUCCCUUUGGGGAGCGUAGGUGACAUUGCUGGGAACGGAUAAAGAAAGCUGAAGGACAAAUAAGCACUAAAAAAAUGAAACAAAAUAAGUACCUUCUCCAUUAAUGAGUAUCACAUAACAGUUCUUCCACUUUGCGUGACAUUUACUUUUGGCUACCCUUCGAGAAAGCAAUAAAGCAAAGUAGAAAUCCACCCUCAUUCUCCAAAAAAAUACAUGAACGAAACAAUCAGACUACUGAGGAACAAACUUAGAAGAAUAAAAACAUGGGAAUAAAUUCAGUUGUAAAUUGACGCUGGGUACAACUUAUCCCACUGUAUCUGAUUUGACCCUUUAAGUCCCAAUAAUAAUAAUAAUAAUAAUAAUAAUAAUAAUAAUAAUAAUAAUAAUCAACUUUAUUCAACGAGGGUAACACAUGACAGUACUUCAACUGAAUAACUAAUGGCCCUCGAGAACUAACAUCAUUUUUUUUCAAACAGUGUCAAAAUAUAUUCAGAAUUAGUUUGUUGUUAGCAAAUUCUCAAUACUUUUUAACGAAAUGUAUGGAUCGAUCAGUCAGGAGAAUUUUCAUGUAGAUACUGGGCUUAAUGUUUUUAUUUUUGUCCUCAGACCAUCAUCCACGUGUGGAUCCUCAGCUAGUCUUCAUUCCCAUUGCAGUGUCAUCAGUUGGUGGCCCCCAGGUAGAUGUAACGAUAAGAUAAAAGUAUAUUCAUUCAAAUAUUUCUCCCUUUCUGCAUGAUUGGCUCAAAUGAAGCCCCCGGCUAAUUCUUCAUGGUAGGUUCUUCAUAUAACCAGCAAGCGCUGACCAAAUGUGGAAGAUGCGCGCAAUAUAACAUUGAUUUGAUCGUACAGUAGACUCUCGAUAACUUGAACCUUCAAGGGAAAUCCAUAACAGUUCGAGUUAUCGGGAGGUCCAAGCAAAUAACCAGGAUUAAGGAAAUGGGUUGGGGGUGGAAUGCAAGUAUCAUGCGCACUUCACUUCAAGGGCAGCAAGAGAUAUAUUGAUAUUUUGACAAAGAAAUUAAGCAACAAAGCUUGAUUAAUCAAUACAGUGCUAAACAUUGUGAUUUGAAUUGGACAAUACACGGUUGUUUUGAGAGAAAUUCAAUGUUUUGGACUCCAGUUCGCUGCCUUUUUUCGACUUGUCACGCUCUUAAAACAUGGUUCGAGUUAUCGAGAGUAAAAUUAUGUAGAAAUGGUCCUGAGGGAAACAAAAAUUACUUCGAUCGAGUUAGCGGGAGGUUCGAGUUAUCGAGGGUUCGAAUUACCAAGGGUAAAUGUAUGAAGGAAUUCAGGGGAAAUCGAUUUUGUUUCGAGUUGGCGAGGGUUCGAGUUAUCGGAAGUCGACUGUAAAACGAGGUUGAUCGAUGGUAUAUUUGAUUACAAAUGAGUCUACAUUGGCAAUAGUCCAUCGACCAUCCUCGUUUCCAGGCGCGGUUGAAUGGAUGUUUAUUCACGAGCGAAACUAAAAAGAAUGGCGCUCACGGCUUUCCGAAGAAGAAAUGGCUGAAUUUUUUUACUAAAACUGCACAAAAUAAAUGCAAAAAUACGCAAAACAUAUCGUUCGGUGGAUGUUAUCUACUUUUUGAAAAGUAACUGCAAGAAAAAAACAUCUGUUUACCUCCUGAAACCGUGCCGAGAAAUAGGCCACAAGCCUACAAGGAGUUAAGCUUGUUAAGAACGUAGAAAUAUUUUGAAUGAAUAAUAAAACAAUUAUUGAAUUCGGUUUUCGUAUGAUGUUAUGAAUGAGGUAGAUCUCAGAGGCUGUCAUCCACCCAGCCUUCAGCCUCGGUGGAUUACAUCCUCCUCGAUCUCCAUGCAGUUUCAGGAUAAUUCGAGCAGUUGUUCAGUUCCUGAUACUGUAGUUGUCAUCCAUCGAUGGCUAUUUUUGUCAAUUUUUAUAAUGUUUUUGAGAGUGUAAUUUCUCUCCACACUUUUCUGGAAACUGAGAGAAUACAAGGGUGCGUGUUAAGGCUUGUGCUCCAUAUUGUUGGGGAUAGUCGUCCUGGUUGCUUGCAAAAGGAACACGGGAUCUUUUAGAAUGUUUAAGGUCCACUUCUUUGAUGUUCGCUGCAGAAGUGGCUGUAGGCAUUUUUGUGUUUGUUGACCAUUGAAAUGAUUACAGUGGAUUCUCGGUGGGUCGAUACAACGAAGAACGAUAUUGUAAGAGAGGAAGGGGUGGGGGGGCCGGUGGGCGCUGGACUGGUGUUGUAAAGGACGUUCCAAACCCUGAUCGGCCAAGGGACAGGCGUAAUAUGUUCGCCAUAACGAGGUUCUUUUCCAUUAUAUUGGGGAUGUUUAGCAUCGACGAAGGCGACAGCAGCCGGAAAACGUCAAUGAAUUUGCGUUUUUUCAAACUUUUUUGCAUUUAUUGUAUUUCUCUCAAAAUGUCAAAUGUAGGUGAAUUUUGCUGGAGUUGAUUUCUUGGAGACCGCAGUCAAGUUUAGAAAGAGAGAGAAAAAUCGUCGUCGCUUGUUUGCGUCCUUCAUAAUACGUGAUAUUAGGCAUUUUCACGUCGUAGUCGUGCAGUGACGGCAGAGAAAUAAACAAAAAAGUAUGAUGCACGUGCAAAUUUGUUGUUUUUCUCAAUAAACCUAUUGCUUUUUGGCAGUUCUCGUUGCCGUCGCUGUCGUCCUAAAAGCUCCCUAUUUUACUAUUACCGGGGUAGAGAAUAUCGUUCGUAAUACCUAGGACUUCGCCACCAUGUAGAGGUUCGCAGUAUCGAGGUUCCGCUGUAAAGCACUGGGCCAUGCAGAUCGAACAUAUUUUUUGAGGACGAGUGUGAAACACGACAACAGUCCUUCCAAUACAAGUAAAACCCCCUAAGAAAAACUAUUUUGUAAGUACUGCCCAAGAUCAGCCUUGGCUACCAAACAUGCCUGCAAAAAAAUAUAAUUUCAAAAUUGCUUAACAUAGGUGCCUGAUUGCUUCAACAGACGAUACAAAUAAAAAGUUCACAAUAAUCGCUCUGUGUUCCUAUGCAUCACACACAGAUCUUCACAUAUUAUGAAGUUUUUUAAAAGUCGAUUCACUGGAUUAGAAACUAAUUUAGUUAUCCUUAGAUCCGUAGUGGUAGGUUGUCCCUAUAACUACAUUAAAAAUUGAAUGUUCUCCUAGUUCGCAUUAAAUUAAAAUACCACUUUGUGAAACAGGUUACAUCCAAUUCCAUGGAACAGUCGAAAGCUGGAGCAAAUGGGGUAGCUCCACAUAAAAAGAAGAAAGAACGUGGAAGUCCAACAGGAAAGAAUGUUGUGGUGUUGAAGCCCUGUGAUGUUGUAGAAAGGGAUGGCACAGUGUUCAUGCCGAACACAAUAGAAAUGGCUAAACUCAAAAAGGCAGAAAAGGGACAGUUUAAAACAAAUGUUCAGAUUUCUUCAAGGAUGACGGACAAGGACAUAAAAAGGAUAAUAGUGGAGACAUUUCCCUUUCUCGAAUGUCAAAGGUAACGAUACUGUUCACACGAAACGGUCAUUAUUAAAAAAAAAAUUAAGUGAGCUAUAAAUUUGUACAUAAAUGAUUGCCGUCUCUUUACCUUAACUCUAUCUUUCUGUCAUGUAAUACUACGGCCAGGUGAGGUUAAAUUGCAAGCUCGUCAUGAUAGCGCAAGCAAUAGAUAAGUGGAUGACUUGAGAUGGCUCGACUGGAUUUUUUAGGGGGAUACCUUCCAAGUUUGAGCAUUAACUAGGUCAGCAUGAGUAAAGAUGUGGGAUAAAUAUACCCUGCAAGUUUCAAAAACAUUGAAAACAGGGAAGGCUUUUAAAUAGGGCCUCAAAUAUAACCAAUUUUCCCCCCAGAUUUUGUUUACAAGUGAGCGUGCUCAUUAUUCACUGGCAUUGUUUUUAAGUUUCAAAAAGGACCCCGGUCACUUUCCGAAAAAAUCUCCGGAAUAUGCUAAUAACCGGGUAAAGAAAUUACUGAUAUAUUAUAACAUCACAGCAACUCUUUGUAAGAGUUUCUGUGAUGUUAUAACCCGAGUAAGAUAAUUAAGUUUUGCAUCCUACACGAUGAACGGUGACGUUCACCGUUUUGGCUCUCACCGCUAUCCGUGGCACGAGCCAUUUAUUAGCAUAUUCUGGAUAUAUCUUCGGAAAGUAAUCGCGAGUUCUUUUUUAUGCAAUUUUUUUUUGCUCGUUGUGCACAUUCAUUUGAAACUUGAAAACAAUGCCAGUGAAUAAUGAGGACGCUCACUUGCAAACAAAAAAUCUGGGGGAAAAAUUGGUUAUAUUUGAGGCCCUAUUUAAAAGCCUUCCCUGUUUUCAAUGUUCUUGAAACUUGUAGGGUAUAUUUAUCGAUGAUUGAACUCGAGAUGGUCAAGUGUAUCAAAAAAAAAUUCUCGAGCGGUUUUUUGAAUAAUGCGAAAUUUGUAGGCAUGAACCAAAUUACGUGCAAAAACUGCAACAAGCAGCUGAAUGCAGGUUUAUAAAAUUCUUCAAACUCGUGAUCGCCCAGAGCAAUUUCCCUAGUACAGAGAAACACAAAGAUAUAAAAUAAAACGGUAUGGCGUCGUUACGUUGCCAUGGCGACUGCGAUUGCAAUAAAACCGGGAUAAUAAGAAAAUUUCAUCUUUAUAUAAUACAGUUGUGGUAACCUUUUCCCAUAUCUUUAUUCAUGCCGACGUAGUCAAUGCUCAAACCUUUUUUUCUCCUAAAAAAUCCAGUCGACUCACUUUAAAAAACCUUAAAAUAAAGAGAGGGCAAUUAUGACAUUCCUCACUGUUACAGUGGAAUGAAUUUCACCGGAAACACUAAAACUUUGAUCUUUAAAGAGAUGUUCUCGUGUGUUUUGUUUUUGUUUUUGUUUUUUUUUUAAGGGGUGGAUUAAUGUUGGGGGGCCCUGCUGGUGUUGUUGUACUUUAUUAUAUGUCUACAAUAGUACGCGUGCUCUGAUUGGUCGCUAAGUGGGCAUUGUUUGCUUGUAAUGACUGGGCAUUAUUGGCUAGGUGUCCAAGGCAUAUACAGUCCGUGUCUAACUUGAUAGUAGACAUCUAUGUUGUUGCUAAUUGACAGCUGUCAAAAAGGGUAUUGGUAUUGGGCAAAUAAAAAAAUAUGACCUAAGGGAGGCUUUUGAGCCCGCAAGACUGAGCAACCCCCACAAACACUUUGUUUUUACUAAAACCGCUGGACACAAAACCUCCGUGGAUCGAUGUUACUUUGCCCCAACCAGCUCAUUGAGGUGAGGAUUCUUUUCAGUUGUCUGCUCACCAGUUGUUGGUUUUAACUGAUCGCAGGCUCUAUUACUUCCAUUGUUUUAUAUUGGCGCUGAAAAGGCCAUAUAAUAUAUAACUUAUUAACCUCAUCCGUUCGGUCAUUAUAGGGAAAUCUCAGACAAGGCCAAGAUCUGAGAUUUCCCUGUAAUGACCUCAUUCUCAUAUAAUGAUAUAAUGAUCUUGUAGUCAGGGUAUUCUUUGCUCCAGCUUCCCAAGCGAAGAACAGUCAAUGUCGCUUUGAUUUCAGUUUCGGUGAUCGCAAAAAGGCGGUGGCUUCACUAAGCACGACAUUAUUAUAUAUUGAAUAUAAUAAAUAUUUCACAAACAGUAAAUACCAGCCUUUUAAUCUGUUUCCUUUUAUCUUUAAAUUUAACUAUUUAAUUCCUUUUUUACUUUAGAUUCUACUGUGCAGCAGCAGUUGACGAGCGAACAAGGUUGGACUUCCAUGGAGAGCGUCGCAUUUGGGAUGGACGUCUUAUAAAGCAGAAAAUAAAGGGAAACUCAGUGCUCUAUAUUUUUGCUGAAGAGGUAAGGUCUCUAUCUCUUGAAAAACAACUUACACAUCCCCUUGUAAUAGGUGGAUUUCCACUACGCUUCAGGGUUUCUGCGACACUCGCAUUUCUAGUUAAACAGAUAUGAUCUCACAUGACGCUUAGGCGCAUUUUGUGCGUAACAAGAGCCAGGUGCGAUUUCAGAUUUCGGGGCAGAAAUAAUCUUAAAUUGAACUAUACUUCACAGUUUCAAAAGCACCUUGAAAUGAUCCAGCAUUUUUUGCUCUUUUUCGCCAUCAUAUGGGGCAGAUUUUUUUUAUCUGUUCAGUUUAUCAACCUGUUGUCACUUAGGCAAUUGUUGGUAAUUUAUCAUUUCAUGAAAAAUAAUUUCUAUUCACAAACAGAAUCCCACAGUAGCAGGACAGUUAUCUGAGCAUUUUCCAGAACAGAUCGACGGAACUGAUAACCAAUCCCAAAUGACAGUUUCAAGUCAAUCAGUCAUUCCAUCCGUCAAUCAUAAAUCUUGUUCAAAUACGGGGUCACUACCAGGGUCAAUGAGGAAAGGUGUGGCAACAGCAACAGCAACAGCACCACUUGUGCAUGAUGUGACGGCAUCGUCACUACCAACAGGUAAUGUGCCAGUUGUUUAGAAUUUAGAGUACUUUGGUAUUACCUAGAAAUCCACGGUUGAUUUUUAAAUUCUUAUUUUCGAAUCAUUCUCAGUCAAAAAUGUGGAACCCAAGAAAGGAUUUUGAUGGGACUUUAGCACCCUUUAGUCCUAGGGACAAGCCAGUUCCGCUGCUAAAUUAAACCGUAAAGAUACCCAAUUCUUCGUCCUUUAUUGAAGAAGCUCGAUAUUAAAAUACUAAACAUUUUAGGGUUAUCCCUACUAUUAAUAAUGGAAUCGUCUUUCUUCAAGACUUAGUUUUGGGCAAUUCUGAAACAAUUACUACUUCCUUAUUGAAAUGAAAAAUAACUAACAACAAUUUUAGGGAAUUUAGCUGGGAAAGUAGUAGAUUGAAACAUCUUUCAAUGCAAUCAACAUUCUUAGAAAGAACAAGCAAUGGCGUAGUAAAUGUCUGUAAAUUUUCCACACGUUUUGUCAAUGUUCCGCCAGAAAUCAUCUCAAUUUACAACAGCUAAUUUGUAUAGAUUGCCAGUCAGACCUGCAACAUUGCUGCUACGUUUAGUGGAUUUGAUCUUUAAUCACAUCGUCAAGAAUCAAAGUAUUACCUACUUCCCAUACACCCAUACUCCUUAGAAGUACUUAUAGAUACAUUGGCCCAAAGGUGUCACUGCAAUUGUCAGUUUACUCACUCUAAUUGCAAAUUUCUUUCGCCAAUCAGUUUGACUUACUCAUGGGAAUAUAAAUCUCGCUCAUAGCGAUUCCAACUUCGCUCGCGGCUAUUUCAGUUUCGGUCACACCUGACCAUUGAUCUCUUGUUUGCGUCACCUUCAUACGUUACAAGCGCAAGAUCCACUGAGAUUUAUUAAUAAUUCCGCUGACAUGGGGCCCGAUUAUCGUGAGAAAUCUUGGAGCGCCUACCAUUUGUAUGAAAAACCCGGAAAUUCCUGGGAGAAUUUAAAUCGAACGGUUCAUCCUGGUGGAAAUUUUCCGCAAAAAAAGUAAUAUCUUUCGAGGUAUUACCUUUUUCCCGUUUUUACCGAAACGAAAUUUUCUGUUCCAUUUGUUUGGGUUACUAGUGCCAGGCUUCAUGUCCAGAGAAAACGGAAACUUUACCGGUAUUUUGUAAAUGGUACAACUCAAUCCCGUUCCUGUUUUCGGUGCCAAAAAAAAUACCAGUACCAUUUGACGGAAAUUUUCCACCAAAAUUUCCAUGCAAAUGGUAAGCGCUCUUGAACUUCAUGAUUGCCGUGUGCAAAUUCAGAUUCCCAUGAGGAAAUUGAAAUCGACGUGACAUUGUUGCUGGGCCACCGUAAGUACAGUGGAGAAGGAGGAGGUAGCGUGGCCGAGUGGUCAGCGCUUCGGACGCAAUGUCCAGCGGUCCCAGAUUCGAGUCCCGCUCUCCAUGUGGCCACUUGUCCCGAGAUCAAUUCCAGGGCCACAAAUGGAAAUAACCAACUGGCUGCCUCCGGUUGGCCAUCUUAAUUUUUAAUCCUGUUAUGUUAUAUUUGGCUUAUUUGUUUCUGGUAAUUUGAGUGGAGUGCUUGUAACUAGCUGUAUAAGCUAUUUGACCUUGCCGCUAUACACUGAACGGAAAAAGGUAAAUUCACCUGCAAGGUAGUCCAAAUGCUUUAUUUAUAUUGCCUCUUCCAAUUAAUAAAAAAUAUUUACAAAAAAUGGAAGUAUCUUACUGCUAAAUCUGACUAACUCGUUGAGCUUACAUGCCUAUCUUCACUCUCAUUUGCAGAAACUCGGACAGCACGGGAUACCACUCCAGUGUCAUCGGCGCAUCAUCCUCAGGUAAAGCUGAUGAAACUUUGAAAUGAAUUAUUAAUUAGAAGAAACCAGAUAGAGACUAGAAGUAGGAUAGAAAUGUAUGCGUGGGUCAGGAUUAUUAUACGUUUCUUGGAAACUGCCCACCUGCCCCUCCCUUAAGCCAGCAUUAACGCUUUCCUCUCACUUAGGGCAAAAUGUUGGCUUAGGGGAUGGGUAGGUGGGCAGUUUCCCAGAAAUGUAUAAUGAUCCGUUCAUGUUAAGGUGCAUCAGGAGUGGGUGCAUAUGCUUUUUCCAUUAAGUGCGAAAUAGCCUCUCUCUCCACCGCAAGAACAAGAAGCGGUCGCUAUUUUUUAUUAUUUUUAUUUUUAGCGGAGCUCUCGCGCGCGAAGCGCUCCAGCGGAGCACCAUGGGUAACAAAAUGAAGUAAUCUACCCAUCCCAGAAAAUUUGGUAAUCACGUGACCGUACACCGACCGACCGCCCACCCGAGCUACCGUCCGUCCGCACCACAGGCAUACCAAUGUAAAAUAACUCAAUCAACAGGUAUGGCAACCCAAAUGCAACUCGAGGUUAUUUUGGCGGGAAAUCGCAUGGCCAUCGGCGUCUUGUAAAGCAGAGACAACAAAAGCGGAAAUUGUUUUUGUAUCCGUGCUGUCUAAAGUAUUUAGCUUAGAUUAAUUGUUAUGUCCACAAAUUUGAAAUAUAGAGCAGGAGAAAGACAGAGAAAAAGAGAAAGUAGGCGGCAGGCCAGCGAAGCUCAACGAGAAAAAGGGUCGAGACAGAGGUCUAGAGCGAGAGAUAAAAAACAGAGGAGACAUUUUUUUGUUGGAAGAACGACGUGAAAAUUUUGUGGCGGCGGUGACAAAAUGGGAAAUGCUAGCAGCCACCAAUGCAAGGUGAAAAUGAGCGGCAGUGAAAAAAAAAGUGAACGAGAACACGUACGACAUUUCCUCCAUAAAACGUGUAACUAAGAGGUUUCUGGAAGUUUCACGUUGAAGUCGUGCAAAGCAACGGCAAAGAAAUGUACAAAAAAAGUGUGCUGCACGUGCAAAGUUGUUUUUUUUGUUAAUUAGACCUAUUGUUGUUUUCACCGUUCUCCGGCGUUACCUUCGCCGCUUAGCAUUACACGAUUUUAUAUUUUGUUUGAACAAACUAUAAAUAUUAUCGAGAGCUUCGCUUUUAGCCCUGGCUACAUCUAUAUAUUAUUGGAAUACCCAGCAGGAGCAUCUGCGGAGAAGAGCGCAAAAUAGCCAUUAUCGAACGCCAUAUGAUUUUAUCUGCCACUUAUUUCCUCGGUUAACUUCGAGUAAUGUAGAUUUCGCCACGAAAACCAAAAUAAGUCAGCUGAAUGGUUUUAGAACUCUUGACCUAUUAUCAUGUUGAAGAAUAAGCUGGUUCUUAAGGGACUGAACUAUAAUAUUACUGUUCAAACCGACGAAACUGGUUUUGAAAUAAUUAAAAAAACAAAAUAAAAUGAAAUUUGGAAUAUUUUAGGAAACACUUUGGCUUCUUUUAGGAAGGACGGAAUAGUAGUAAUAUCCAGUUAUUCUAUAUCCUUGUCCCAGAGGUUUUUCUUGAUUUUUCUUCGCGAAAGAGAUCAAGAGCAAGCGGCGAAGCGGCGACAACGAGUUGCGAAAGCGACGAGGAGAGAGAGAAAAACCUCUGGUUACCUUGGCCUCGAAUCUCACUUUCAUGCAGACGACAGGGUCAGGAUCUUACCCUCGGGCGUUGAUUGGUUGAUAUUUUUUCAAACACGCAAACUAAUUUGAUUGGCUCGUUCAAUUGUAACGACCAAGGGGACGCUGAGGGUAAUCACACCUUAUUUCUGAAGGUAAAUUUCGCCUCUCUUUACCAGGGAAGAAAAUUGUUUGUAUACUGCCGUCACAAUAACAUUUGCACGGGACCAAGGCACGUUAAGGCAUGCCAUAUUUCGCGAUUUUGACAAGGAUGUUGUUCCUGAAAGAACAUUCGAACAAAUUUUGACCUCGGUACUUGAUGAGCGCUUUCCUGAGUCUCACUGAGCAACAAAAGAAAGCUUUGUUCGCCGCCUUGUGUCGAACGAAUGUGUUCACCAUUUUACCAACCGGACAUGGGAAGUAUAUAAUAUUUCAGUCGUUACCUGAUGUUUACAAGUAUCUGUCCUUGAGAGGCUUCUCAUACCCCCGCCAUGCAAUAAUUUUGGUUGUCUGUCCUCUCAAGUCUCUUGUGGACUCGCAUAUCCGCAAACUGCGAAACCGUGGACUCUCACAGGUAGCAACUAGUUUGAGCAGUCCAGACGUUGACGACCAGAUGUAUUUACCAUUUUCUGUUACAAUACUGCCAUUCCAUUAAAUAAACUAACUUGUUUAGCGCAGCAAAAUAUAAAUCUCCGAAUACGGAAUGAAAGUUUCCUUGUAGGAAAAAAAUCCUACAACUUUGUGCAAGUAUGUAAUCAUUUUCGGUGCAGCUUGCAUUUUCCUGCGACGCUCAAUAUUUAUCUUUAAAGAUCUAACCAACGUUAUUUUUGGCAUUGGGUCAACAAAAACCUCUGAAAGUACAUUCCGAACCUUAAGGGUUUUUUGUGCUGCAUAACUCUUCCUAGCGACGUUGGUCCACAAAAAAAAGGAAAUGGAGCCGCCAAACCAAAAUGCGAGCCAGAUUGUCAGAAUACAUAUUAAAAUUAUUAUUUUGGGGGGAAUGCCUGCGAAUCGACGCGAACGGCGUGCCCAGAAGUAAACAAUAUAAUAAGCGCGAUUUUUACCCCAACCAUUUUAAAAACGAAUCUCUGCAGCCAAGAAAAUGCUGGGCUGGUCUUUAUAAACAAACAAUAGGUAAAUUAAGCUUAGCAACACAAUUUUUAUGAUGAAAUUGUUACUAGCUAUUAAAAUAGAAGCUUGCGUAUUGCCAUCUGCUUCACGUUCACUCUAAGCUUUAUCCUGUCACAGCUGCUUUUCUGGUUUCCUGGUUACCAUCAAAAAGUAAAUCACAAGAACUAAAGGGCCACGGCUCAAAAUUCUCCUUUUGAGUUGCUUGCCGUGGAAUUAGCGUUCAUCUGACAAUCUUACGCGGAUCCGGCAACGCGGAUAUUUUUUUUCUUGCCGGUCGAGCGACGGAGAAUCCUUCGCGCAGCGCUUCUGUCGUUUUAGUUGGUACUCUGCCAACCAAUUUCUUAUGGCGUCGUUAUAUUUUCUCUAAAUUUGUCCAAUUCCUUGCCUUGCUCUAAGAAUCUUGCAAACUUUGCAACUUCCCGCUGGCACUUCUGACAGAUUAUCUGGGAUAAUCCCGUUAAGUCAUGUACAUCAGCCGACAGAACAGAUGACAAUGUUUGUGAAAAAUCCUUUUUAUCACACCCAAAAACGUUGAUUUUAGAUCGGCCACUUAUUUUUAAAUAAAUUCUGCAAAUCCUGCAGCAGUCGUUUGGAACAAUGUUGGUUUUUUUGAGUGGUGUUCUUAUUCCUGGACUCUUGUUGCCCAUUGUUAACACAUGCUUUAGCUUGACCCCGAUUAACAAAUCACUCUUUACCACCCAAGUGGAGAUGGUUUGUUCAUAACAUAAUUUCCCCAGGUCUACCCCCGCUUAAAAAAAUAGCGGCUAAUAAGCACUUGUUUGCUAAAUUGCCAUUGUUCACUCUUUUUAUUAGCAAUUUGACGCGUUUGACAGCUUUCGUCUGCAUGAAAGUGAGAUUCGAGGCCAAGGUAACCAGAGGGGUUUUUCCCUUUCUCCUCGUCGCUUUCGCGACUCGUUGUCGCCGCUUGGUGGCUUGCUCUCUCUUUCGCGAAGAAAAAUCAAGAAAAACCUCUGGGACCAGGGUUAUUAUUCUAGUGCAACCUGACAAAAAAGAAAAGGCCAGGUAGGUCAGAUAGACGGUAAUCUUGUUGUUGUCUCUGUUUUUGUGGAAUGCAAAAUAGCAGGCGAGAAAACUGUCGGGGUAACGGGUAGGCGCAGAAACUGAAUGAGAGGAGCCUUCUUCCCCCAACCCAUCCCUCGAGCUAAAACCUAUGCUUGCAUUGUACCGCACAUCGUACAUAAAUCGUUAAAAUGAUUAAUUUUCAUCUUUAUAAUGAUGUUUCACGGGGAAUUAUUUAUAUGUUUUGACCAACAGAACCCCAAGUGGUCAGGAGAAGGGCCAACACUGAAGUGCACGUAUGAACAGACCAAUAAGCGAUUUGAUCAACAGCUGUCAAAGAAAACGAGAACAACCACAAGCGUUUUAAAGCACAAAAAUAAUUUAAAAAGUCCAGCUACAAGAAAAAAUCCAUACGCAAGACCUCCUCCAUCUGCUUCUAUUAGUAACAAAGAUAAUAGCAUCCAUCAAAUAAAACGACAGCUGCCGAUACUUCCAGGUAACUAGUACAGUUUCGAAUUCGCCGCGGCCGCUGAAUAGAGGCACUGAAGACUCGUUUAUACAGGGUUAGCCUCAACUUAAGGUAAAUAUAUUCACAAAUUCCAGUCAGAAGAAGACCUGUCUACAAUUGUGUCAAUUGUUUUAAUAGAUUCAGGUACCUUCUCACUGGUAUUUGUGAAUAUUUUACUUUAAGUCGAGGCUAACUCUGUACAAAUAAGUCUUCGACGCAUUUAUUGAGCGGCCACGACGAGUUCGAAACUGGACUAUACUAUUCGAGUGGAUAACGAAGCACGACAAUAUCACUGGCCAACACUAUCAAGUGUCUCGACCCUUGUUUUCAGGCUUGUCAGUUGCAAUGUUUCUCUUUAAUAUUGAUUCAGAUUGUUGCGAAUCUUGAAGAAGUGCAAUCAACCCUCAGUUAACAAUCUAGCUUUUUGCUUAAACCAAUCAGAGACAAUCUUGUUCCAGGGUUCCCCAGAGUUCUUCAUCCUUGGCCUUCAUGCGCAGAAGCGCUCUGGGGGUCGAGAUUGCUUUCAUUGUAAAAAAAAUGAAAGUGAAAUGGUUUGGGAUUUCAUUGGUGAUUAUAUAAUAAAUAAAACACUGCAUGGCCGCUUGGAGAUAUAAAAUUUAUUUUCUCGCGUUCAAAAAUAAUUCACUUGUAAAUUUUUAACGCUCGAAGAAAAAUUUCUUAUGUUAACGCGGCCAUAUAAUAUCCCCUAUUUAUCAACUGUUUUUGAAAAAGUAAUCAUACAUGCUUACAAGUACAAUUUAUUUCCGAUUCUUAGAUUAUACAACAUUGUUUCCCAAGAAUAACAUUUCCACUACAACUGAUCAAAAAAGCUUAGGACAACCUUCUUGUCUCAAUGCUGAUGCCACAACUUCAUUGUUAUCGGUUCAAAUGAACAAUCUGGGGAUCACCAAUGCACCUUCUUUGCAACCUCAGGCGUCGCACUCAGAAAAAGUCACUGAGCUGCAAAGGGUAGAUGACGGGGAAAACUCGCACGGAGACAGCCAUGAUCGUCCAGCGCCAACUUCGCCACAAAGUAAUUUUUUGUUCGGAUCCAUUGACCGUCCAAAGCAAACUACUGACGUGAGCAGAAAGGGCACAGAGGAAAUUGUAUACACAAAUCUUACCGAUCUUACUGACAAAAAGCUUGAACCGGGACAUGUAGGAGCAUCAGCGUCUAACCAUGAGGUAAAAGACGAAUACUAUAAAUGGUGCAUAAAAGAUAAAAGCCAUAUUGUGUUGUUUACGAGUCAGACAUGCACUUCUAUAUUAGUCAUAAACGUAAGCUAAAGCGUGUGUAUUUUAACUUGUUUAUAGGCCAGAGGCCAUCCAUGGACGCUCAGUCAAAUCUUGAAAACAUGCAUCAUAAGUGACAGUAAAUAAUAACGCCCGAAAUCAUAAAAAAAUCAAACCAGAUAGAAAAAAACAAUAAAUAAUCAACCUCACUUGAGGAAAAGGCCCUCAAAGGCAGUAAGUUAGGUCAGUAAAGCUGGAAUGAGCUUUGAAAAACGCUGUUAUCUAAUAUGAAUCCGCCCGUUUAUGCCACGCUUUCCUCAGUCUUCUCAACCACAAAUAAACAAAAAAACUAUCAAACCAACCUUGACCGAUGAAAGAAUCUUGAUACCGGCUGUAUUUCACGUUGUGGAAGCAUUGAAAGAACACAAAAAGUCUAAAAUUUUUAAGUACACGACGGUAAACAAACUUUUCAAACUCAUUAAUAAUUCAUAAAGAAAAUACAAAGGAAAUAAAUGUUUAAUGAGUGCUUGCAAAUCAGAUGAAAAACUGUUCAUUUUUGCAUUCUUAAUUUCCCCUUCUAAAAGUAUUUUGUUUGAGAAGUAAUAGCAAGUAUUCGACACAGUGUUUCAGCACCAGAUGAAACACCUCGAAUUUCGUCAAAAAUACUUCGCUGCGCGUCGUAUUUUUUAACUCCUCCGUUUUGACCAAUCUGAGACAAGAUUGAAACUCCAGGGGCGCGUAUGUCGAAAGUCAAACAGAUAAAAUUCAAGAUCUCAAUUAGAAAAACUUCAUUGGCUGACUCAUUUUGAAAUUCCACCACCUUGAGAAUCUUUCGCUAAGACAAACGCAAGCUGCCCAUCUUGGAUUCCCGGUCACCCUUGCAGAGUCUACUUAUUACCCCCAAAAAAAAAAAAAAAAAAAGAGUGUACGGGCGUACGAUGACGUGACUACCAAAUUGUCUCGGAUCGAUAGAUCAGCGAAUUUUCCUAACUAUGGGGCUCCGUUCGCGCGCACGUGGAGCUCCGCUAUAAGUUGUACACUGUCAAACCACGAGGGAGGUUUUUGGUUAGCACUCACAUAAUCCUCAAUUGUGGCAUUGAUUUUAAUAAACCUAAAAUAAUAUGGACUCUUCAUCGGAUUUGGCGACAAGGUCCAACGACUGCACUUUACGUUUGUUUAAUACAGAUAGACGGGAAAGAAGAAACUAGAAUCAACUAGCUUAUUGUAGUGUUUAAAAUUCAUACUUCAGUCUACAGGGAAGUAAACAGUUAUGUACCGGGAGAAAACCUUAUUCCUCAGAAGCUUCCAUUCAAACCGGCAGCGUCGUUAUUACCUCCUUAGCCCACUUUGUAUGGCAUACUAAGUAGCAAGGUCACCUUGUAUAAGAAAAAAAAAACAUUAACGCAAGAUCGAUACCACUAAUCAAAAAGGUUCGUGUAAAUCCUGGGUAAUGGCUUUGUUUGCUGCCUCAUGUGGUCAACAUUUUGCUUUUUUUUUGACAUUAUUAAUAGUCGUUCUUCUUUCUACUAUUGUUAUAGGUCUUAGACCCAGUGGGUAGAACUCCCAGCUGUAGUUCAGGUAUUUAAGUUUAUUUUUAGCCAGUAGGUAUGCAAAGAACAUGGAGAGCAAGCGUAAUUAAAAGCUUCUGUUCGGGUGAAAACUGACACAUUCUCUUGCAUGGUCUUGAACUUAACAAUUCGUGAUCCAACUCUUUGCUGCGACUAGUGAUUCCUCAUUUUUCUCUUUUUCCUUCAUUUGCCUGUUCUUGGGCAAAUUUAGGAUACAAAGCGGUGCAGAUAUUCUCCAAAUAGCAGAUGUCCUACGUCGUGUUGUUGUUUUCGUACUGUUCUUGCUAUGUUUCCGUCAGUAAGUUCGGCUAUUUCUUCUUCACUUUACGAAGAGCACCAUUUUCUACCGCUCUACCUGACUCGUCCCCAGUCGUCUUCGAGCGUAACACGCACGGCGGGAACAGGGGGUGAUGGGAAGGGAGAAGAGAGGAAGAGAAGAGACUCCCUUGUUUUCCUUCUCCCCAACUCACCCCGCGCGCCUCUAGGGGGAGGUUGUGAGAGACGACUGGGAACGAGUCAGCAGCUGUACCAAAAACAACGCAAUCUUGUCUCUCCAAUAUUGACGACACAAAAAUAUCCGGUAUAGUGUGAAUAUAGCCCAAGUAUGGAAAUAUGACGAGAAAGCCUCCUAUUCAUGAUCAUAUUCAACGUGGGCUAUUAAGAAUGUAUCUUAAAAUUGUUCCUUCGGCGCAAACUUCCCUUUCAGUUGAAUAUCUGGCUUUGUUACAGCAGAAAGUCAGGGCCCCUUGGAGUUUUAGAAUUGAGACAGUUUUCGAAAACUGAAGACCUUUUUAAAAGUAUACGUGCGUGUAAGAACGGCAUGAACUGAGUGAAAAUCUUCGUUACAAUAAACCCAUAGGGUCAGUUAUUUAAACGGUUUUUAACAAAACCUCGUUCUAAGGCCUCUUCAGUUUGCCCAACGCUAUUAACUAAAUCCAAUUUAUCGUGGAAUUUCACUGAAGCAUAAAGCGUAGACUGGAAAAGCCUAAGUUAGACUUCGUUUGAAUAACGAGCCCAUAGAGUUUUCAUCUCAGUUUAUCCUCUACAGAUUUCGAGUCUGAUGCAAGUACUCUCAGCUGGAUAACCUCCUUUCUAGGAGAUACUACCAGUGGAGAACCAAAUAUAGAUGUCUUUGACGAUUUUUCAGAGGUAACUUUAUUCCGUUCUGAGUUGUUUUAACUUUCUAAGCAAAAGACACAACAUCGGAAAGAACAAUUCAAUACUGGCCACGAAAAGGGUUUAAGAAAAUUAGCGUCUUCACUUUUUCUUUAACUCCUGGCAUUUUAAAAAGCAAUGAAAUGGCAUGAAUAAAAAUCUGAAAUCACGUAGGCAAACCCAAUACAAAAAUUACAUUCGAUGCAAACAGCUAUGCUUAAUGACAACAGUCUGCUCGCCAGUAUUGGCAAGUUUUUUCAAUCUAUGGAUAAGUAACGAUACUGAAGUAGUGCUUAAAUUUUAGUCGACAGAUAUUGAUGAUUUUCAACUGGAAAACGGUGGAUCUCGAGGAGGUAAUUGAUAACUCUGCCAAUACUAACUACAUAAUACAUGUCUCUGAAUUUCGACAAAGCAUUGACCUACAUGAAUUUCAAUGAUAAAUUUCUUUCUUUCAGAUGGACGUGUAUUACAGACCACACCAUCGUGUGAUGAAGAUAAUCAAAAACCUGCUACUCAUCCGAUUACUUUACCUCCACCAUGUCAUCCGUCUGCACCACCUUUAAACAUGGAAUUGAAUUUUUUAGAAGAACAUCAACCCCAGGGGAACAACACCGUCCAAAUGCCGGUGGCUUCUGAAAUCCUGCAAGGAACGGUACGCGUUCUUGUUGUAACCGGUGACAACGUCUAACGUUUCAAUGCUUUCUAAGUAAUCAAGUGAGCGUGUGAGAUAACGAAUUUUUUGGAUCGCAUCUGGUUAAUAGCUAAUGUAGUUAAUGCGCUUAACAAAGUCUUCGACAAAAAUAUUUUGGAAGGUUACAAAUAAUGCUGUAUUAUGGUUUGCUAAAUAAUUAUGACGUCGCUGUUUCUUUUGACGUCCCUGGUUUUUACUUAGUUGUAAAUUGUGCCAAAAUUUGUACUCACAAAGUGAUGAUAUUUCCACUGUUUUUGUUAUGAUUUUGAUCAUAGCCGAGCCUCAUAGCUAAGAAAAUUUGAUUAUAUAUCCAUCUGAGAAAUUUUGGUACGUUCUCUCGUCCAACCAUCCGCACUACAGGGAAACCAAUGUGUAACACUUUCUAGCUAGUGUUGGAGCCCGCAACCUGUAAAUAUUGCACAUCCAUGCUAUGGUCUAUUGACAGCUGUCAAAACGGGAUAUCCACUAGCCAAUAUCACAUGACCGUAUCGCGGUUUCAGGUGUAGACUCCUCGAGGCUACGUAUUUUUGUUAGUUCUCUGAUGAAAAGUUACUAGUUUUCAACUGAUCGCAGGCUCAACUCCAAGUGGAUUUCUUUGCAAUGGUUGCAAGGGUAUUGUUUGAAAUAAAUUAUGAAUUUAUUAACGGGAGCUCUAGCAUUGGCUUAAACUACAUAAAAAUAACAAUAAUAAUAAUAAUAGAUAAUAAUAGUAAUAAUAAUAAUAACGGCACGUGGCUUUAUUCAGUAUUUCCACUAGGUGGCUCUUUAUCAAUAUAUAUUAUAAAACACGUGAGGUUUUUUUUUUCUUAAUUGAUAGGCACCUGAUGAGUAUGGUACCAAUUCUGACCCCUCGUACACGGGGAUUGGUAGCGGGUAUGACUCCACAUCAAGCGGGCUUGGUAACAGUUUAGACCCUACAGAAACAACAGAAACAACGGAUGGUGAUACUGUAUUAAAUCCCUCUGAAGGUUAGCAAUUUGUUUCCACCUUUAUCACUUAGUUAUCACUUAGCCUGUGCCAUAGACAAAACUAAACUUCUGGUUAUGUUCGUCCGUGAAACAGUGCCAAAAUCCGUGUUCUGAGCCCUUACCUGUGUACCAGGAUAUGAGUUCCUGUAUUAGCCGUGAUUGGCCUGGCAAAAAGCCAUUGUCUAUUUGCCAAUCAGAUUGAGCGUUUAGGUGGCCCAGAACAAGGAUCUCGGUACUGCUUCGCAGACGUUACCAACCAAUAAGCGCGAUUCAGUUCACGCUUCACUUGUUCAUAUUACAGACCUACGUUUCAAUCAAUCAAUCAAUCAAUCAGACCUUAUUUAUAAAGGGUAAUACCUAAUAGUUUGUCAACUAGUUAUCUUUGUGGCCCUCUUAAUAAGUAAUAUACGUAUUACAAGACAAAAGAAAUACACAAUAGAUUAAGAUAUAAAAGCUAAGUAAAAGGUAAGAACAUAUUACUACAUAAUCUAAAGAUUAUCUAGAAAAGGAGCAAAAAUUCCAUCCCUAAACAGACUUAAUUGAAUUUGUUUAUAUAAAGCACUCUUUAAAAUAUUUACAGAUAAAGAGGAACGGAUCUUAAGCGGAAGGUGAUUCGAACGUUAAGAAGUUGUACAGAGAAUGUGCGACCCCCUCUUUCGCUCUGUUGUAUCCUCUAGGCAAUAUCAUGUUAAGAUUGGCACUUCGUGUAUUUCUACUAUGCUGGCUGCUGUUUAGUUCUAAUAGGUCAUUUAUGUAAUCAGAGCAAGCACCACUAAUUCUUUUGUAAGCUAUCGAGCAUCUUUUGAUAUCAGACUCAACGUAAUAUGGCACCCAUCCUAAGGUAUUGAACAGAUCUACAUGUACGCUAACUAUGAUAUUUUUUGGCGUCUAGAAUAAUACGCGCACAGCGUUUCUGCAACACGACAAUCUUACAAAAUUGUCUUAGCUGCAACAGCUUAUUCAAGCUACGCUACAAUAUAAUAAUAUGUAGAUUUAGCCAGGGCUUAAAGCGAAGCUCUCGAUGACAUUUAUAGUUUGUUCGACAAAAUAUAAAAUCGUGUAAUGCUAAGCGGCGAAGUCAACGCCGGAGAACGGUGUAAAACAGCAAUAGGUCUAAUUAGCAAAAAACCAACAUUGCACGUGCAGCACACUUUUUUUGCACAUUUCGUUGCCGUUGCUUGGCACGACUACAACGUGAACCUUCAGAAACUUCUUAGUUACACGUUUUAUGGAGGAUAUGUCGUACGUGUUCUCGUUCACUUUUUUUCACUGCCGCUCAUUUUCACCUUGCAUUGGUACCGCUAGCAUUUCUCAUUUUGUCACCGCCGCUACAAAAUUGCCCACUCCAGAAAAUACCAUAACAUACCAUAAUGCUCUUUGCUUGUCACUCCAAACUUUUGCAUAUACUUUGUCUUCAGUUUCUCUUGGGAGUUAAAAUGACCCCAAGAGAAACUGAAAACAAUGCUGAUGCAAAAUUUUGGGGUGACAAACAAAGAGCAUUAUGGUAUGUUUUGGUAUUUUCUGGAGUGGUCAAUUUUCAUGUUGUUCUUCCAACAAAAAAUUGUCUCCUUUGUUUUUUUCAUCUCUCGCUUUAGAUCUCUGUUGCCCUUUUUGUCGUAGAGCUUCGCUGGCCUGCCGCCCACUUUCUCUUUUCCUCUGUCUUUCUCUUGGUCUAUAUUCCAAAUUUGUGGACGUGACAAUUAAUCUAAGCUUAAUACUUUAGGCAAUACGGAUACAGAAACAAUUUCCGCUUUCCGUUUUCGUUUUUAUUGACUCUUUAGUUGUCUCUGCUUUACAAGACGCCGGUGGCUAUGCGAUUUCCCGCCGAAAUAACCUCGAGUUGCAUUUGGGUUGCCAUACCUGUUGAUUGAGUUAUUUUACAUUGGCAUGCCUGUGUUGCGGACGGACGAUUGGGCGGGCGGGCAUACGGUCACGUGAUUACCAAAUUUUUUCGGAUGGGUAAACUACUUCAUUUUCUCACCCAUGGUGCUCCGCUGUGCGCGUUUCCCGCGCAGCGGGGUCCGCUAUUAAUGGCUUGAUUAAAGAAUUAUAAGUAUACGUUCUGUUCUUGGAAAGUAAGCCUUAAUUCUGUCAAGUAUGCCAAUACACUUCUAUAGCGGAGCUCUGGCGCGAAGUGCGCCUGCGGAGCACCAUAAGUAAGUAAAUCUACCCAUCCCAGAAAAUUUGGUAAUCACGUGACCGUACACCGCCCGCCCGUCCGUCCGUCCGCACCACAGGGCAACCAAUGUUCAAUCUCACACUUUCUAGCUAGUUUGGGAGCACAGGAAGACUGAUAUUGCACACUUUGUUGUGAUCAAUUGACAGCUGUCAAACCCGGGUAUCCGCUGACCAGUAUCACCUGACCGUAUCGCAGGCUCAGGCGUCGACUCAUCGAGGUCGAGUAUCUUUUUGAAGUUAUCCGCUGACAAGUUAGUAGUUUUCAAAUGAUCGCGGGCUCAAGUUUAAUUUUUUUUAAUUCAUAUGAAAUAUGUUGUGUUUUAUAUGUGCCGCACAAUUAAAAUUUUGAUUUCAAACUGACCUCGGAAGCUAAGAUUCAGCCAGUUUUUACAGGCAGGUAAGACAUGCCAGUUGCUUUCAACUUUUUUCACCAAGGUCACGCGUUGGUCACGCUCUACGUCCAAUUUUUGUACUCUGAUUGGUCAAAAUUUGACAGGUGAGUUCAUGCGGAAAAUUUAUGCAGCAUCUUAAAUCUUGUUUACUUUGACAGCUGAAGCUGACAGAGUUAUGUGUCAACUUUGUGAUUUGAGACAAUGAUCUGACCGAUAGAACUUUAAAAGGCCUUUAGACAUUUUCUCACCGCAAAUAGAAAGAAAACAUUCCAAAGAAUAUUUAGUUAUAAUUCUCGCUGUUAAAAGAAAGCUUUGAGCGACUUUCUUGCUCGAGUUCAUCUUUGAAAAAAGCAAACACCGGGAAGCCGGCUUAAAACAUUAACAAGGAUUUUCAGAGACACUUUAAUACUUGUCUAUUGUCUAUUGUCUACUUGUUUAUUGAUUGUUAGUAGUCUCUUUCGCAAUUUUAAUCGCUGUGCCGUUUGUUUUCAGUCGCUCAAAAACAUCGCUUGCAGGAGUAGUCAAAAUGCCGCACGUAUCAAACGCUUUUGAAGAUUACACAUCGUUAUAAAACCAUUAAAUAAAAAAUAAACAUAAUAAAUUCCUUAUUAUGAGGAAGCGUAUAACUCCAUUAAUCUUGAUUUAAACAGUCGACUUUGGCGCUUGUCAAAAGUGAGAACCGGCUAUUCGUAUAGGUGUUUUUGGAAUUUUUUUUUAACGGUUUCGCUAAAAGCCCGCGCGUGCUUCAAUCGUAAUGAAUAAUUAGUGCAAUUUGUAUUGCAAAAUUGUGAAAUACUGCAUUCUUUCCGAGGUCUGUAUGAUAAAAACAGCGCCUCGUAGUACUGUUUCACCUCAGAUAUGAUGUAUAAAAAGUAUAUAAACAGUUGGUUUACACGUCCCCAGACUUGUUGGCAAGAUUUUGUAAAGUUAACUAAUGUCGAACGCAAAAAAUUUGGCCUGAUUUGUUUUCCAAGAAUUUGUUUUCCUGGCCUAAUCUACUGUGAUCAAGAGCCAUUAUGGCUCUUAAAUGUGACCGAUUGCUAUUUUUUGGGUGUACAUGUAAGGCUAUCAACUCGAUGUAAGAUUAAGUUCACUCUUAGAUGGACUGUUUGAAAAAAUUAUUUUUCUCUAAAAUCACUUAGCUUUUCCCUCAAAAGUCACAUGAAUGUGCUCUAAAGUUUACUGAUUUGUGGAAUACAAGUUUAUUGUUUGAUUUAAAUUAUAAAUUCAAGUUAAUAGGAGCUUCGCUUUUAGCCCUGGCUAAAUUAAUAUAUUAAAAAAGCAAUUACAAACUUUAAGCCAUGAAAAAAAAUCCGCAGAUACAUACUUCACUGUAGGAGGUCCUUUUAAAAUACCAUUUGAAGGAGGGGUUGGGUGAUUCAAAACAAAUCCCGCAAACACACCAAAACAAGAAAAAUCUUCUAUCGAGCUGAAAUUCUUAUAACUAUGUUCGAUCACAGUAAAAAAAUUUGUCGUAAGUCAAACACAAGAAACUUCAAUCUAGAUUUUCACUGGGGUAACUUCAUUGGUUACCUCUUGGUUACCCCAAGACAAACGCAAGUUUCUCUCCCCUCCCUUACUUAGUUUCCCCUCAUCUUCCCCAAAUUCUGUACGGGCGGGUGGGCGUACCUCCCCUUGGAGUCGAGAUAAGUCGCUCGAGACUGUAAAGUCGAACUCUAGUAAUGCUUUGAUAGUCCAAGAAGCUCCCCUUUCGAGUUUUGUGUGCUUCGUUUCCAGUAGUAAUGCUUCAGCAAAGAUAAGCCUUGUUACGGCCUAGGUGCCUAGGUGCUACGGCCUAGGUGCCUAGGCGUCUGGAGUGGGUUCCCUUUAUUAAUAUGCAUAACGGUCGAGUCAAUGACGUCACCCAUUGUUAUAACCUACAUACUAAUUAAGUGCCUUCCUGCAUAUAUAAUGAAGUGGAUAGGUUUACUAAUGAGCGUCACUCUACUACAAUAGGAACAAUAGGCUUUCCUAGACUUGCCCGGUAAGUAACUUAAGCCCGGUUUUCGGACCGUCUAUUAAAAGAAAAAUAGGAGUAAGAGAAGCGAUCACCUAGCAACGCGAGAAACGGCUUCCUAUAAACAAAACACAUACAGAAAGUAGAGUUGAAAAGUCUUUAUUUCAAGUUAGUUGAUGUCUUCUUUUUUAGCUCUAAAACUCGGAUAUAUAUAUAUAAACAAAACAUUCACAAAGGGGAGCUGAAAACGCUUUAUUUCAAGUUUGUCUGACUAUUACAGAACUGUUUUCUCCGUUUUAUCUUGAGGAAAUGAAAAACUAUUGAAGUCUCAACGUUUCACGCACUGUGAGUCAGUUAAUUAUGCGAGUUCACAAGCCCAAAGUUGAAUACAAAUUAGCUCUACAGGAAAAACCUCAAGGGAGCAUAUUGACGUAUUAUUAUAAAACAAAUAACUUAACAAGGAUCAAUUGGAACACGCGACUAAUAAUUGCUAGCAAUAAAACCACAAGAGAGAUACCGUUUUAAAAACUUUAUUAAAAGUCAAUAACAAAAAGAGUCAAAUACACAGCGAUUUGAAAGGAAAAGGGAUGAAAAUUAAUCCAUUGACUGACUAUUACAAAUCAGUUUUUUCCGUUCCAAAAUAAUCCUUCCGUGUCUACCCAAUUUUCCUAUGGCCUCUAAGACAAGAGUUCGACUUUCUUUGUUUCUUGCACUUUGUCUUGUUCUUUGUAGUUCGUCUUUUAGCUUUUGCUUUAAAAGAAGCUUCAUCUCUUCGUGACCUUGACAGUUCGUAGACUGUUUCUUGUGUCUGCACUGGAUUGCGAGUACUUGUUGAGUGAUUUUUUCCGGAAUUAUCCGGUUCAUUUUCGUACACGACGACUUUAACUUUAGGUUGUAAUUUCGCCUAUUGUAAAUACUGUCUUCGCUGUAUGUGGUCUAACUGGUGAACAUCCGCGAGAUGGUUAGCUAAUCUGACAAGGUACUUCGCCCCGCACGAUGAAAUCGGACAGUUUCUGCAAACUCUCUUGUAAACCAUGUUGACAGUUCGAUGACUGAAUACAAAUGACAUCUUUUUCGCAAAUAGUCAGGUUAUAUAGAGUGUCAGAAAGGCCAAACACAGGCCAGAAUGGCCAUAACCAGGCCUGAAAGGCCAAAACCAGGCCAAAAUGGACAAAAGGAGACAAACGGGCCAUUUCUAGUCAUGUGUCUUUUUUCUCAGACACACGCGUGGGUGUCGCACUUCGCUAGUCACGCAACAGCUCUCAACAUUGGAAUCAUCCUCUUUAUUAAGUGUAAUCACAAAUAACAGUGCCUAAUUAAAAAAGUUUUGACCGUGAAUUAGUAAUUGGUAUUUCAAAUUUCAGAUUUUUUUAUUCAUUGUACAAGUUUACUAUUAUUGUUAUUAUUUUCAAGUCAGCAAUACAACACUCUUAAAGUUUGGUUGUUUACAGUUUUUAUUGAAACGCAACAAUACAAAGGUCUAGGAAAAAUAAUUCUACAACAUUCAUAGUUGGACUAGCCUUCAUCUUGUGGAAUGGGCUGCUGUUGAUACAGUCGAUUGAGUAAGAAUUUUCGCUUAUCGAUGGCUAGUUCUGUCGAUUCCAACCAAUCAAAUCCUUCUGUGUCUUUAAGCUCUUUUUGAGUUUCCAUCACUUUUCGGAAUGUCGGAUCUUUCUUCAUUGCAUGCAUCCACUGUAAAAACUCUAAGAACACUUUUCUCAAUUCCUUUCUAUAUACUGGAAGCAAAGCAUUUUCAGCUUUAAUGCGGGCCACUUCAGGCGAGUCUCCGUUGUUGCGUGACUAGCGAAGUGCGACACCCACGCGUGUGUCUGAGAAAAAAGACACAUGAUUAGAAAUGGCCCGUUUGUCUCCUUUUGUCCCUUUUGGCCUGGUUUUGGCCUUUCAGGCCUGGUUAUGGCCAUUCUGGCCUGUGUUUGGCCUUUCUGACACUCUAUAUAACCUGACUAUUUGCGAAAAAGAUGUCAUUUGUAUUCAGUCAUCGAACUGUCAACAUGGUUUACAAGAGAGUUUGCAGAAACUGUCCGAUUUCAUCGUGCGGGGCGAAGUACCUUGUCAGAUUAGCUAACCAUCUCGCGGAUGUUCACCAGUUAGACCACAUACAGCGAAGACAGUAUUUACAGGAGGCGAAACUACAACCUAAAGUUAAAGUCGUCGUUUACGAAAAUGAAGCGGAUAAUUCCGGAAAAAAUCACUCAACAAGUACUCGCAAUCCAGUGCAGACACAAGAAACAGUGUACGAACUGUCAAGGUCACGAAGAGAUGAAGCUUCUUUAAAGCAAAAGCUAAAAGACGAACUACAAAGAACAAGACAAAGUGCAAGAAACAAAGAAAGUCGAACUCUUGUCUUAGAGGCCAUAGGAAAAUUGGGUAGACACGGAAGGAUUAUUUUGGAACGGAAAAAACUGAUUUGUAAUAGUCAGUCAAUGGAUUAAUUUUCAUCCCUUUUCCUUUCAAAUCGCUGUGUAUUUGACUCUUUUUGUUAUUGACUUUUAAUAAUGUUUUUAAAACGGUAUCUCUCUUGUGGUUUUAUUGCUAGCAAUUAUUAGUCGCGUGUUUUAAUUGAUCCUUGUUAAGUUAUUUGUUUUAUAAUAAUACGUCAAUAUGCUCCCUUGAGGUUUUUCCUGCAGAGCUAAUUUGUAUGCAACUUUGGGCUUGUGAACUCGCAUAAUUAACUGACUCACAGUGCGUGAAACGUUGAGACUUCAAUAGUUUUUCAUUUCCUCAAGAUAAAACGGAGAAAACAGUUCUGUAAUAGUCAGACAAACUUGAAAAAUAAAGCGUUUUCAGCUCCCCUUUGUGAAUGUUUUGUUUUAUAUAUAUAUCCGAGUUUUAGAGCUAAAAAAAGACAUCAACUAACUUGAAAUAAAGACUUUUCAACUCUACUUUCUGUAUGUGUUUUGUUUAUAGGAAGCCGUUUCUCGCGUUGCUAGGUGAUCGCUUCUCUUACUCCUAUUUUUCUUUUAAUAGACGGUCCGAAAACCGGGCUUAAGUUACUUACCGGGCAAGUCUAGGAAAGCCUAUUGUUCCUAUUGUAGUAGAGUGACGCUCAUUAGUAAACCUAUCCACUUCAUUAUAUAUGCAGGAAGGCACUUAAUUAGUAUGUAGGUUAUAACAAUGGGUGACGUCAUUGACUCGACCGUUAUGCAUAUUAAUAAAGGGAACCCACUCCAGACGCCUAGGCACCUAGGCCGUAGCACCUAGGCACCUAGGCCGUAACAAGGCUUAUCUUUGCUGAAGCAUUACUACUGUUUCCCCAUGUUUUGGGUACUGUUCUUUGGUCUUUUUCUAUGUUUUCGCUCUACCUGUGUCAAACUAAGUAUUGACCAAGUAGUCAUGAACGACAGAAUUUCAGUACCCAUUAUGUUAAAUGAAACCAUAGUUGAAAGUUAAUUUCGUUUCUAUUCGCUUUUUAUGGUAUCUAUCAUAAGUUUCAAAAAGCUAGUCCAAAGCAUUUUAUACACAUUGAAUUCCUCUAGCCAGCCGGGUUUGAUCCGGGUUUGCUUCGUUUGCCUUAUCCCCAUUUGACUGAAAGAUCUGUUUAAUGGUUAAAAGUUUUGGUCUACUAAGAGGGUACAUUAUUUAUAUAAGCCCAGAUGGACAGAUCCAAGUGCAGUUAGUACAACAUCAAGGGUAUCGUAUCCAUCAGUUCAACGGACCCAAAAGUUUUGACUCAUUUUAACAUGAUUUUACGACAUGGACCACUGUCCACUGACAAGGAGUUCAUUUUUCCUGCUUAAUGCAGAUCGCUCAGCCAUGGACCAAUUGAUUCCUCCUGCCGAUAUUCAAAGGAAAGUCAGCAUGUUUCCUCGCGAAGUAGAUUUGUCGGUAUGUUCAAUUUUAUUUUAACCUUACCAUGGAUGCCAGUGGUCUUCUCGCCCUCCAAACAGAAAUAAAACUUUUGCCAUCCAGGGUAUUUUCACCUCUGAAUAAAACAAGUAAAUAUUUAGUUAGCUUAAAUUACGUACAUUCUACAAUCAUAGGCAAUUAUUGAUCUUUUUCAGAAUAAACCUACCCAAUCGUCCAGCAAUAAUACUACUUAAUGAAGUGUUCCUUCCGUAAUUUUAAAACUGUCUUAUUUUAUUUUGCAUUUAGGGUGGAUAUUUUUGUCGCUUUGAAUUCAUACCUGAGCUGUUACCUGGGGUUGAUUCGGGACAUGCAGCUGUUGGAAAUUUAGGAACUAUUGAUUUAAAUAAGGAAGGCAAACACUGGGAUGGAUAUUAUAUUCCACGUACGUAUUGUAAUACAUAUUGCCACUUAUUCUGGAUACUCUAAUUAAUACUUGAUCUAUCAUGCAAGAAAAUGUAUAUGUUGUGGAUACAAUGCUUUAUCAGAGGGGUACAAUUAUAGGGGUUUGAAAUUGCUCAUAGUGCUUAAGUAUAACUGUACGCUUUUGUUCAACGGAUUACUUCACAACCUCAUAAAAAGAACUAGUCAUUGAAGACUAGCCUCCCACGCAGACGUUCCUAGGGUUUUUCUCGCGUUCCUGCCCCACUUAGUGACCAACAGAGACUUUCACUACGAGCCUCAGCGCUCCGGAAGUUAAAAAAUUCGUACCGUCUGGUUGCUAUGAAGUGACGUAAUCAUCCAGUUGAGUAUCCAUCACCGUAACACUUUUGCGGUCAACUACCGCAGCGCUCGUAAAGUACUUUAAUUAAAACCGUGUUCAAAAACCCUGUAGGAAGUCUGUUUAUUUUUGAGUCGAUUAAUGCACUGCUGACUUUCACGAGGUCAACUUUUGCAUAAAUUAUCAAACAUUAUGUUAAGCGGGAAAUUUACCUAUGGUUCGCGGGAGAAGCAACUUCUAUAGCGGCGCAAGACAAAUGUUUCGAGAGUCGAGGAUGUGCUCACAAACUAUUCACUAUGCGACGAAAGGAGGAAUCACUGGCAUGAUAGCUGCAUGUAAUAGUAAUUUUAUCAAUCCAGGUCGCGCCGUGUUCGCUCGAGAACGCUGUGACAACCUCGUUUGGCGCGCUUCUCAAUACUUCCAAAACAUGUUGUAAUCGGUAAGUAGACUUAAGCACUUAGUAUCGCCAAGCCAUUCGAAUCAGUGUAUACCCAAUUCUUUGUCUGAAGAUUCUUGCAAACACAUAUACCAAGUAAAUCUGGAUGGAAGAGGAAAUUGUCUCCUGAAACGCAGCCAGAUUAUAUUUUGAAGGAUGGCGGCACAAUUCAACGCGUCUUCCAGGUCAGCCCUAAUUUAUAGUUCGUAAGAGUAUAAAUUGCGAUCUCCCUAUUAAGCUUUCUUUGAUAAAACUUCAGUACAAACAAAACAACGCAGACAUGACAUUCUCCUGCAUGAGACACAAUCGGCUGAAGGAAAUAUCUGUUUACAAGUCGGGUAAAUUAUCCAUUCUUGCGCACCGCAAAAUCAGCUAAAAUCAGUCGCUGGAAACCUGGCAUAUUAUUAAGCCUGAGCGCUUCUAAGAAUAACACGUUUAGAACUUCGACGCGUAGAAAAAAAAGGCAGUUGUUCUAUAUCCUUUCUGGUUCAUCCAGGUAGAAGUCCUGGCAUAUUAUUAUGCCUGAGCGCUUCUAGGAUAUAUAACACGUUUAGCAUUUCGACCCGUAGCCGUAAAAAAAAAAUUUAGGCAGUUGUUCUAUAUCCUUUCUGGUUCACCCAGGUAGAAGUCCUGGCAUGAUAUAAUUAUGCCUGAGCGCUUCUAGGAUAUAUAACACGUUUAGCAUUUCGAUCCGUAGCCGAAAAAAAGAAAUUAGGCUGUUGUUCUAUAUCCUUUCUGGUUCACCCAGGUAGAAGUCCUGGCAUGAUGUUAUUAUGCCUGAGCGCUUCUAGGAUAUAUAACACGUUUAGCAUUUCGACCCGUAGCCGAAAAAAAAAAUUAGGCUGUUGUUCUAUAUCCUUUCUGGUUCACCCAGGUAGAAGUCCUGGCAUGAUGUUAUUAUGCCUGAGCGCUUCUGGGAUAUAUAACACGUUUAGCAUUUCGACCCGUAGCCGAAAAAAAAAAUUAGGCUGUUGUUCUAUAUCCUUUCUGGUUCACCCAGGUAGAAGUCCUGGCAUGAUGUUAUUAUGCCUGAGCGCUUCUGGGAUAUAUAACACGUUUAGCGUUUCGACCCGUAGCCGAAAAAAAAAAUUAGGCUGUUGUUCUAUAUCCUUUCUGGUUCACCCAGGUAGAAGUCCUGGCAUGAUGUUAUUAUGCCUGAGCGCUUCUAGGAUAUAUAACACGUUUAGCAUUUCGACCCGUAGCCGAAAAAAAAAUUAGGCUGUUGUUCUAUAUCCUUUCUGGUUCACCCAGGUAGAAGUCCUGGCAUGAUGUUAUUAUGCCUGAGCGCUUCUGGGAUAUAUAACACGUUUAGCGUUUCGACCCGUAGCCGAAAAAAAAAUUAGGCUGUUGUUCUAUAUCCUUUCUUGUUCACCCAGGUAGAAGUCCUGGCAUGAUGUUAUUAUGCCUGAGCGCUUCUAGGAUAUAUAACACGUUGGCAAUGAAAUCGACCGCAGACUUUAAAAUGUUCUUUUUAGAAGGCACUGAAUUAUUUUUUGCGGACAUUUUGUUUGAUAUCGCAUUUUUAAUUAAUUUUAUUUGUCGCCCCAGGAUGAUGACAUGAUUGCGUGAAAAUUGACACCUCUAUCAUAUUAGAUGCGAAAUACGAUCAGAGAUUAAGGGAAUAGGGAAUGUUGCAAGCUACUGGGUAUCCAGCUGAGAUAGCUGACUUUUACUCAGCUAUCUCAGCUGGAUACUGAGGGGUUUUUUUGGUUGCUAAGACCGUGCAGCUCGUUAUGAAUGCGUUCAAGGCGAACUUUCGCGAAAACAAAGGACGAAAUUCGGCGAACUUCGGUUUCAUUACUUUUGCACAGUACUGUAGCACAGCACCAUCAACCAGGAAACUCUUGACAUUGCUGAACCUAGCUGUGUUUAAGACACUUAUCUCAAACGAUUAUAAGUAAUAACGAUUAUAAUUGAUAGUGGCCAAAAUUUUAAUAACCAGAGUCAGACUACACAAAUUCUAUUUUAGCCUCAGAUAAGCCGGGUGUACAACCUGUUACAAUUUGGUCAAAGUCUGGUGAAUUGUUGGGGAACACGGAGCUGAAUUACAGAAAAAAACCAGAACCUGAGUUUAAAGAAAGCCUCGAGAGGGUUGCCAAAGAGAUAAAAAAGGAUCCAAGCAAAAUGGGACCUGUCUUAAGUCGGCUGGCUGAUUGUUGCGGAGGUCAUGGUAUAACCAGAAGUGGUGAAACACAAAAUUAUGGACGUUUUGGUAAGAUUUAAUUUACCGGCCAAAGUAGUGUUUUUACGUAUCACAUGAACCUGCAUAGCACCUGCACAUUAUUCUUGCAAAUAAGAGAGUGGACAAUCAAAAACUCUUACUGUGACACCUCAUAUGUGUUGUUUCACCAAAAAAAGUCUCGUUGUCAUAAAAUAAUUCUAUCUUCUUUCUUAAAGGUUCGACAGAAACAGUUCAGGUGUUGCUGACCUUACUUUAUAAAGCAGCGGAAUGUGGUGCACAACUUUUCAUUGAGUUGAUGCUCAAUUCAUCAGCUGGAAGAGUAAUUUUUCACGAAUACAAGGACAGUGUCCCAUUACCGGAGGUUAUAGCUAGGAAUCAUGGUCAUGAGAACACAGCCCUUUAUCUAGAAGAGAUUAACGCAAGGUUAGUCACACACACAGCUGUUUAUUGUUGUCACGCAACGAUUUUCCCCUCUCUUUGUUGUGGUGAAACAAAUUAUACAAUGGAACCCUUAUUCAGAGGACACUCUUAGGACCGACGAAAGCGCCCCCUGAGUAGAGGUUGGGAUGGGGUUUGUUAAUAACACAACAUAAAAAAAAAUUAUCAUAGCUUUUCUGCGACAUUAUUUGUUGAAUUCACAUACGUGCAUUACAUCGAUUUAAGGGGGAUAAGUUUUGUGAAAGCUUCCAUACAUGUAAUUGUGAUAAGUGUACACCUCAAGAUAUCAACCGUCUUUGUGGUCAGCCACUUUUUGAGUGCCAAGGUGUCCCCUGGCUAGAGGUUAAACCCUGAUUUUGGGGGCCAGAAAAAGUGUCCCUUUCCCCUAAAGACAACAGUGGUCGUUGGGACCAAGUCUGGUGUGCCCUGAAUAGAGGAAUCCCUUAAAUAGAGGUUUCCCAAGGGAGAGCUUCCACAGUGUAGCGAAUACCUUUCAAUGGUUUCCAACGUAGCCGUUCUUGUGACGUCGCGCUCAACUAUUUUCGAUGUGUUAAGAGUGACCCAGAUACUUAUAUUUGAGCUGAAACUGGAGUUGACAACCGAGAUGGUUGUUUUGCUCUGUGGUGGGGAGGUACAACAGAAGGUCUAAUUCGACGCGGAGAAUGUGGGUGUAUAUGAUGGUGAUAGCAAUGUAAAUUUUUAAAGACUAUAACUGCUCAUUUAGCUCGAUAAUUUGGUUGUAGAGUCGGGUUAUUGUUAUUAUCAAGCAGCUUGGCUUGUUGUCAGCGAUGGAUACAUGGGGAUGCAUGGGGGCGAGAUUUAAUUAGAAAAAAUAUAAGAUAAAUGCUAGGAAUGGUGGGCAAACACAUAGAAUUUAAUAAUAAAAAAAUAUAGUGUACUUCUAAUAUGUUUCCUGUAAAGCAUUUAUCAUAUAUUUAGCUUGACAGUGUCCGCCCUUAUGCCUACAGAUAAAGAUGGUAUCUGCGAUGAUUGAUUACCGUUAAAUUUCUCUCUUUUAUGAUUAUCAGUUUUUCUACAAAACAUAGUGUCCUUCAAGACCAUAUUUUUCGACCCCACAGAUUUUCUAAAGAUCCGACUCCAGAGGAUCGCAAGAGAGUACUUGAUUGGCCAGGAUUCCUGGCGGCUAUUAAUUCCCCCCAAGAUGAAUCCAGUAAGUUCAGCCAUGUAAAGUUUAAUUUUAUAUUAUUAAACACCAUAAUUGCUUAUCGGUGGGCUUUUUAUUGCCCUCAAAUAUUUACAUAAGAUUUAGCUUUCCUCUCUUUAAAGAGACAGAUCAGUUGCAAACGUUUCAAAGCAGGUUAAUGUGUAGAAUCAACACAAUGAAACCUUAAGCCGAGUAAUGAAAAACUCAGUUCACUUGCUCACUUUGUAUCGUAUAUUAUGUUACCUAUUUGCAAAGGUGACGCCAGUGAAGACGAAAGUCCUCAACCUGAUGUUCGUAACGACAGCGACAGCAGCUACCUUGGGGAUGUCGAGUCAUUAUCAUGUGAUUCGGCGGAGCCAUCGUCCGAUUCUGAAGGCGACCUUUCAGAAAUGUUCAGUAAAGGUAAUAUAAGAAAACAUCUACUAAACUUAUUCAUAUGUUGAGUCUUUACUUCUGGAUGCCACGCUGUUGAUUCCGGAUUCCUUGACAAAGGAACUUGAAUUCCGGGUUCCAAUCGUUAACUGGAUUCCAGAUUCCUUGAGCUCUGUUAGGAUUCCAUAGCCCAAGGAUUCUGAAUUCCACAAGCAAAACAUUCCCGGAUCUGGUUAAGCUUAGACAGGGCGACAUAUAAUAAGAGACAUGGAAUGCAGCACGUAUCAUCCUCGGAGACCCAGGGGCAUUCAGUCGGGCCGGGAGAAAAGGUGGGACGAAAGUUUUGAAGCACAGGCGGAAAAGCCUGUUUUCGGGUAGACAGUAUUUUGAAAUGGAGAGUUUAUAUCAAACUGAAAGUUUUCUGACUGCGUACAUUUCUUUAGUGCAUGAGCUAGUGAUCGAGCCAAUAGACGUCGUGUGAACUCACGAAAAGAAGUCAGGAGAUGCUGUUCGCCGAUUGGGCACAAUAAUACAAAGCAUUUUUUGCGCCCAAUCAGGAGCUAGCAUUCGCUUGACCUUUUGGAAAUGAUCCGGUGAGAGUCGGUACCCAGGGGCUUUUCCGCCUGUGCUUGAAAACUUUCGUCGCGCUUUUUCUUCCGGCCCAACUGACCGCCCCUGGGUAUCCGAGGAUGACCACGUAUUUACGUACAGAAGAAUAAUCUUUUUUCCUUACGUUAUACAUCACAGUCUCUGUCAAAGAAGAUGAAAUUCAAAGGGAGGGAAAUAUGGCAGAGAAAGAAGAACGUGAAUUUGUUUAUCAACCAUUGAAUGAUUUAUCUUGGACAGUGUUGGAUGAAAAAGGUAUGACAUUGAAUUGACUACGUUUUCCAUUAACUUAAAAAACAAACGCAUCGAUGGUGAUGACGUGAUUCCCAAGGUUUGUCGCUCAAAAGUUAGAAACCUCAGGAAAAUUAUUGUGUCUUCUUGUUUGCAUAAGAUUUUUUGGGUUUUACUAACAGUUUCGAAGAAGGAAACAGAGGAAGAAGGAACUUGUUUACUACAGUCAAUGAUCAUGGCUUUAAGUAAAUGUUACCUUGAAUGAUAUCAAACAGAAUACUAGUAUGUACAAAAGCUAUUAUCAAGUUGAAAGACCCAGGCGUGAGAGCUUUUAGGCUAUGUUUAUACCGAAUAGGGGGUUCUGUGCAGUAACACAUACACGUAUUAAGAACGAUGAUUUCGGUGCGAUUUCUGUAACGAAGCUAACCUACGCCGCGCCAACCUUGAAAGUGAAUCGUCACCCGUUGGAUAGGUUUCUGUCACUCUUUAUCGCAAUGUAAGCAGUUAUUCGGUCGGUAGUGUUCGUGUAUGGGCGAAAAGAGAGUGCGAUCAAGAGCUACUCUUGAGAAAUUUGCACACUUAACAGCAUUCAGGGGUUUCAAUAAGCACCGACGGCGGACGAAACGCGUCGGCUACUUUGCUCAUAGAGGUCGGUUACUUAUUUCUACAAAGAAGAGGCAACUAGGUUGAAUAACGUUGUUAACAAAAAAUAUAUGUCAGAAAAUUUGAAUGAAAACGUAAUUAUGAUGUGUUUUCAUAAAGGCCCACUGGUUUUACGUUAUGCUUUAGUCAUGUGUUUCAGUCAUUCUUUCACAAGUUUCUUCAUAGGUUUACGCAGAAUUUGUUUAGGUGCAAAAGUACGUAAUUUAGUCUUCAUGAAUUGUUCAUUGCUUGUAGGAAUUGAUUGUGUGACUGAAAAAUGAAAAGGUUCAUUUUCUUGAAUGAAAAACACGCUCUUUUGUCCUCAAAUUUAGUCCCCAGAACGCUGAAAAUUGCAUUUUAGGCCUUUCAAAUUUCAAAAUUUUUUAGGGUAGAACGCAUUUGGUCAGCGCCAUCUGUUAACAAAGAACCAUACCCCCAAUUAGAAAUGGCGAAAUGGUUUUGAAUGAAUGAUUUAUAACAUUAAAAUAUAUAUUUAAAAAAUUUAUCUCAACUUGAGGACAAAAAAUAACUUUUUUUUGCACUAUUUCCAAAUUGCGUCAAGCCUCUGCUUUAAAACGAGGCUAAUUGCGUAACCUGUCGUAUGAAUGUGAGGACUUUUGAAACUCUGAAUAGCCUAAAAUUCGAACUUCUGCAUUUCCAGUGAAUGUUUCCAUCAAGAAGAGGACACAAGGAUUAUCACUUGGAUGUUCUAAAGAUGUGGCACAGACAGCGGUAAAGAAAGUGCAGGUACAAGAUAACCGCACUCCCUUUGAUAGUGAUGAUGAAAUGCAUGGCACAGAUGCUAAUCGUGAUGAAAGAGGACAAGAAAAUGAUCCUCGUGUGGAGAAGAAUGAUAGUACUAAUGAAAGGGAAAGUACAGAUGAUCACAAGAAUGAGAAGAAAGGAGAUGACCAUUCUACCACGACUCAGGUUUGCCAUAAUGUCUGGUUUUGUUGAAAAGUGCUAUUUAACUUUAAUCAAUAUAAUUGCUAUUAGCGAGCUAAUCACGAUAAUGAGUGGUCAUACAUAUUAUUACUAAGAUCCGACCCAGCUCGCCAUAGAGCCUCCAUUAACUUAGACCUUAGUGGUUAGAGCAUCCGAACGGGAACUCAGUGGGUCGUGAGUUCGAUUCUCACCUGGAGCUGGGAAUUUUUUUUCUGAGCUUUCUGGUAUCAGAAUUCCUUUUCUUCCAAAAUUAGAGGGGUUAAACGUACGCAGGAGGUAUCAAAGUACUUUUUCAGUGGCCUUGACUGUUUCGCACAGGUAAAAGAGUACUUACGAGGACCGACAAGUGCUGGUACAAGCUUAAUGCCAUGUAAGGGAAACCUAAAUUUUGCUGAGGCUUGUACACUAGUGAACCAGUGCCGUUCAGUUUACAGCGAUGAUCAUUUAAGCUAAAGGAAGACCGUAAUACAUCGUAGAUCGGUACACCGCCACAGUUAAUCCUGACAAUGCGAAUGAUGUCCGACCUCAAAUGAUCACCAAAUUCGACCGCAUCAAGGGAUGCCAUGAAUGAUCUCGGAUAUCUGUACUACGGGGGUGCAGAUUGGGUUACAAAGCUCUUUUUUCCUGUAUUGAGGAUGAAAUGGAUAGUGAAAAAUUAUAUAUACAUCUGCAUUUUAGGGAUAUAGUAGAUACCACCACUGACACCCUUUACAAUUACAAUUGGAGGAGGCAGGAGUAACUCUCACCCGACCAGAUAUUAGGCAAAUAAUACUGCCUAUUAGCCUGCAGUUAAUACACUAUCGCACCCAUUUCCUUUUGACAAUAAUUUGGAAGGUCAAUUGGGGUGAACACAAGACCUAUUCGGCUUUGGCUAUCACAACCCUUAACAAUUUAACCAACCCAAUUCUCUCCAGUGCAAGAUCCCAUCCCUUCCUUUUAAAGCCUGGGGACUGAGUCGAAUUUGCUCCAACCAAUCCGAGAUGGAGUACACCUCAGCUUCCAACAGUCGAGCUGCUGUUGAAACCCGCCCUCCCCGUUUUACACAAUUAACUCUACUUCUCAUUUUAUGGGCCACCCUCCCCCGAGCUCCACAAGGUUCUGCGAUCGCACCGCUUACGUGUACCGUCGGUUGCAUCUAAGUGUGGAUACGAGACAAAAAAACAUGUUAUAAUUUCUCGCUCAGAAACAGCACACUUGCUUUUAAGAAGUAUUAUUUGGAGUUCUAAGUAGUGGAUAGGACACCGGUUAGCCCGUUUCCAUGCGCAGGGAUCUCAUUAACUUGCACAGGGAUACAUUAACGCCGAUGACGUCGUGUAUGUCAUUUAGAUAGGAUGAUAUCAUAGUUUAUUUUUAGCUGGCAAGAAGCAAGUGACAUCAGAAUUUCCCAGAGGUUUAAGUCAUCAAAAAAAUGUUGAGAUCAUAAUCUAUAAAUAGAAAAGUGAUAUUAUGUCCCUCAUUUUUGUCAUGAUAAUGUCAUAUUUAUUUAACGUAGGUAAGAUAAUAUCAAAAGGGCGAAAAGGGGGUUAGCCAAAUGAUUUUUCGGGCAAAACAUUAAAACGAGGUCGAAGCGCAGCGAAGCGAAAAACUGCCCGUCAAGCAAAAUGUCAAUCUUUGUUUACUAGACUCUGUAGAAAGCAUUAUACAGGGUAUAAAAAUUCUAUAGAACAACAACAGGUUGUUCUAAAGUAAACCCUUACUCUUUUGUUUCUUAGAUAAUAAAGACACGGUCACACACCGUAAGAGUCCAAACGAUUAAUUGUACAGAGUGCAUACUGGAAGCUAAUUUACUUCUUUACACCAAUAACAUUUUUAAAUAAAUUGUCCGGCUUGCACCCUGUCUUCCAACUUUGAGCGCUUAAUUUUGUAGACAGUUCAGUCUCCCACAAGCAGGAAAUAUUAUUAAAACUUGCAAAAAGGUACCUCCAGGAAUUUUUAGCAACAGUCUCAUCUGAGGCUUGUUCAGUGCUUGAUAAUUCUUUCUUUUUUUAAUGAUAUUUUCAGUCAGUUCAAAAAUCCCCUAACAAGCUGCAGAAGAUCAACAAAACUGUGUUUAAUAUGCUGUUUUUAUCAUCCCCAACCCCUCACCUCUACCCUACCUAUCAUUUCCCAUAGUUCUCUCCUUGUCAUAAAACACUAUGACAUUUGAAAUCAGCGCACGCGGUAGAAGUUGUUUUCCGUGGUCGGUUAAUUUUCUAGAUUUCUUUUUGGCCGCCUGCAGCAAAGUCAUCAUUAAGCCUUGUGAAGCAACAAGUCUCACGAUUGGCAAAGUCUGCCGUCGUCCAAUAUGUUACCGUAUUUCGUCCCAUUAUGGCUAAACGGGUGAAACACUGGUCUCGGGCUUCAGACGGAAAGGCAUCAUAUUGCGAGCUUUGAUGUGGGCAGUUUUUCGCUUCGCUGCGCUUCGACCUCAUUUUAAUGUUUUGCCCGAAAGAUCAUUCGCGUAACCCCCUUUUUUGCCCUUUUAAUAUCACCUUACCUAAAUAAAUAGGACAUCAUCAUGACAAAGUAGGGACAUGAUAUCACUUUUCUAUUUAUAGAUUACGAUCUCAACAUUUUUUGAUGACUUCAACCCCUAGGAAAUUCUGACGUCACUUGCUCCUUGCAAGCUAAAAAUAAACUAUGACGUCAUCCUAUCUGUUUGACAUGCAUGAUGUCAUCGGCUCUAAUGUAUUGCUGCGCAAGUUAAUGAGAUCCCUGCGCAUGGAAACGGCCUAACCGGUACCUUAUCCACUACCGUUCUAUAACACCGGAAAUUCUUCUUAACGUCCAAAAAUUCUUGCGAUGAAGAUAUUGUUGAUCGAAAACAAACCAAGGCGACAAAAUAGCCGCCUACUUGGCACUUGAGCAUUCGACUAACGUCACCCCAAACUUCGAAUGUUUGGCGGCAGAAUGUCAUGUUUUUACCCGAUUAGAACAUGCAAAAUUUUCACAGCUCCAUUAUCUCGCAAUUCCCAGAAGAGACCUGGGUACAAAGAAAACCAAAUGUCAUGUCAUGUUUUCGAACGUGGGCUAUUGGCCACCGUGGAAAGAUUCGGAGAAGAUUCGCUCUGACGAUAGCUACAAUCAUGGACAAAAGUCUUGGGACAGUUGUACACUUUGAACGCUAUUUGACACACGCGAAAUUGGAUCCGCGCGCUACUAACACUGUACGUCCCUACCCUCUCCCCCCACCCCACGGACAAUAUUGAAACCGUCAAGGCACAAUUUCAUUGAUCUUUCAACAUUGUAUUAGGUGAGGAGAGGGGAGGGGACAUGGAUUUGUAAAAUGACUGCACUGCUUUUUGCGACAUUACUUGUGAAACGCAAAGAAUUAAAGUUACGCUCUCGCUGUCCCAAGGACUUUUGUCCAUGGUCGUAGUUCUCUAAACAUCAGUUUCACUAUCUGAAUUUGCUGCACAGUUUAUUUAAUCAACUUACUUCAUUAAAGUGAAUUUUCAAUCUAAAGCUGAUAUGCUAAUAGAGCAGUUUAUUUUCCUUAAAGGUUUCAUCACGUAUGGCAUCUUCAAAUGGAUAUACCGAUGAACAGCUAAACUAUUACAGAAUUUGUUUUCUAACGAAUGAUAUACUAGUGGAGGGUCUGCGAGAGAUAUUUAAACAAGAAUGGGACAAACUGUACAAAUCAACUUUAGGAGAAUGGAAAGAUGAGCCUCGAAAUGGAAAGGACUUUUAUAACAAGGAGUCUCCUCAAAAUCAAGAAAGAAACGCUCACCUUUUAGCUACCAUGAAAAACGGAAACAGCACGGAAUGGGAUUGCACAAUGCUAUUUUAUGCCAUCCUUUUCUCCGAUUGCGUCGGGGCACGCCUUAGCGCAAUAAUCAGAAAAAAUGUGGAUGAUCUACGCAAGUUUAAGAAUGAAGAAUUUACUCUCAUGCCAACAGGUACUACUCUCCCUGAGAUAGAAUUUCAGAAUGCUAUCAGAAAAGUUGAUGUUGCGUUUCAAGCGCUUGGUCUUCCCACUGUGAAAAUUCAAGACUUGAAAUAUCAGAUAACGUUUCCAACAAAACAGUUAACAAAAGUCCUUAAAGAAGUUGUUUAUAAUCGGAAACAGGACGUUCAAGCAAAAGAGUGUCAGCGCCAGGUCCUUCAAGAUGAAAUUCAGGAGAAGGCACCUUCAUUCUGCAUUCUUCCUCCUAAACCCUCACACGUCAUCAGCAAUCGAGAUCGUGAGGUAGACGAAAUUAUCCAACGACUAAAGGAGCUAAAAAAGUACAGUGGCAACGGGUUGAGUUGGUUCUUCAUCUCGGGCAAUCCUGGAAGCGGCAAAUCUCAGCUUGCUGGACUCGUAGCUAAGAGAUUCUAUGACGAGGUCAUCGAAAUGCCAGGUGGUUCUUCAUUUGUGAUGACCUUAAAUGCCGCAAGUCAAGAUUCACUUCUGGAGUCGUAUGCCUCAUUUGCUCGCCAUUUAAAUUACCCAGACUAUUUAGUUGAGCACAUCCUUGAAACAAAUGGGAGUGGAGAGGCUAAGAUUGCCCAUCUUGAAUUUCUUAUUGCUAGAAAAAUUGAUUGUUAUACUUCGUGGCUACUGGUGGUUGAUAAUGUCACUACCAUGUCAACUGUCCGUCUACCACACUUUGAGCUGAAUCCUUGGGCACGGGGACAGUUGCUGAUUACGACCCAGGACACAACUUCAAUUCCUUUGCAAAGCGCCAUCAUCAAGCACAUCUCAGUGAGUAAAGGUAUGGAGCCCGCUGAUGCCCUUUCCUUAUUGGUCAACCUUUCUGGAGUCGCCGACAGCGAACUGGGGACAAUAAUAGCUCAAAAACUGGAUUAUCAACCUCUCGCUUUAGCUAGCGCUGCAGUCUUCGUCGGAACUAUUCGGCAGCACAAAGCGUUUAGGUAUUUUGGCUGGGAAGAAUACCUGUCGGAACUGGAAGAAGCAAACUGGGGUAAUACAGAAGAUGCACUGGUUAACACCAACUCAUUGUACCCCAACACGAUGGCCAAAGCAGUAACGCUAGCCGUUAAAUUUUUGAUGAGAUCCGACAGAUUUGUAAAAGACCUUUUCACUUUCCUUUCUCUCUGCGCACCGCAGCCACUAAACGUGGACAUACCAAUGAACUACAUUGUGAAUUUAAGCGAAGACUUUGACGAAGCGAACAGGAAGCUUAUUCUCAUGAAAUUGAUGAGAUGCUCACUACUGCUUGUAGAAGAACAAGAUAGUGGCCACUUCAUUCGUGUACAUCAGCUUGUUCACGACGCCAUCGAAAUUGUGCGACGUGAAUCUCACGAGAGGCAAAACCACAAUGUCGUUAUUGGAAUUGUCACCUCAUUCUACCAAUUUAUACUUGCUCUUCCUCCUAUCAAUAGAAGACUGCACACCAUGCACAUCAUUCCGCACGUACGCGCCUUUUGCAGGUCAAUUCCUGAAGUCUCUAACAUUUUAUGUCAUGACAACCUAGCUGGACUAUUUUUGAGACUGCGAGAGCAGGGCGUUGUCAUUAUUGAUGUCGCGAAUAUUUACCGUAACUUAGCUGUGAUUCACGUGAAUAUAGGGGACCUUGAACAAGCAAAGAAGUAUCAGCAUAUGGCGCUUUCCAUCACUGUCGGGCAUCUAGGAGCCACGCACUUUACUGUCGCAAUGAUCUACUUCGAAUUGGCUUUCAUGUACAAAGAAUCUGGUUCUCUUGAGCAAGCCAAAAAGUAUCAGCAACGAGCUAUAAAAAUGAUAUCAGUGAAACUUAAGCAAGGCAUUCCUCAAGACUUAAAUGCCCUUGAACAACCCGCGACUGAAUAUCAUCAAUAUGCUCUGACUACCCAAAUCUGCCCUGAACAUCUUUCUGUUGCAAUGGGCUACAGUAACUCAGCAUUGAUUCACCAGGAAGUAUGUGACCUCAAAGAAGCAAAGGGGAAUAAGCUCGGUGCCGAACAUUUUUCUGUUACAAGAAGCUUCUGUAACUUUUGUUUAACUCGCAGGGACUUAGCUGACCUUGAAAAAACAAAGGAGUAUCAGGAACGUGCUAUAGCUAUCGACCGCAAGAAUCUCGGUGCUGAACCUGCUUCUGUCAACAAGCUACAGUAA